UCGUAAAGCAAAGGGGACAGUGCCAAAGUGGCCUAGGUUUUAUUACUCGUUAUUGCCCUAAAAAUUGGGAACAUAUCCAUCACCCCGUCGGCACCAAUUUAUCUUGUGUUGCUGUGAUUUCUACUCAACUUCUUCAUCACGAAACUCGGGAGUAGGUGAAAUAUCCAGGACCAUAACCCAGUGGAGGCAGUUUCCAGCACUAGACCUCUGGUGGCUCCGCCCCGAUAAUUACUCUUUGCUUUAAUGGGGAGCAAAAAGAGAGGGUCCAAUACUAUAGAAGAAGCAGAUAUAGUGGAAGAGAAAGAAUUGAGUUUGGGGAAUGAAGAUGCUAGUCCCAAACCUUCUAAAAAGAAACUGAAAAAGGAGAAAAAGAGAAAAGAAACUGAAACUGAAACUCAUGAAAAUGAAGAUCAAAAUGGAGUGAAUGGGCCAUCAUCCCCCUCAAUUACCCAUAAGACUUCUGUAAAUUCAAUGGAAAGGAAAAAGAAACGAAAAUUACUAGACAAAGAAAGACACCAUUCUUCCCCUGGAAAAAUGGGUUUGGAACUAGAAACGAACGAAAACAAUAGUAUAGCUCGAAGUGGUAGUGGUGGUGGUUUUUUGCCUGAGUUUCACAUUGGGGUGUUUAAGGACCUUGCAGCAGCUGAUGCAAGUGUCAGGGAAGCAGCGGCCAAGGCCUUGGUUACAGAGUUGAUGGAUAUUCAGAAUGUUUAUGAUAUGUUGGAGGAUAAGCAAGUAGUGGAGUGCACUCUGAAUUUGGAAGCUGAGAAGGAUGAUGGGUUGAAUAACUGCGCCCCGUCCUUGAGAUAUGCUGUUCGGAGGCUCAUUCGUGGGGUAUCCUCAUCAAGAGAGUAUGCAAGACAAGGAUUUGCAUUGGGCCUUUCAGUUUUAGUGGGUACAGUUUCUAGCAUCAAAGUGGAGUAUUUGCUAAAGCUAAUUGUUAAUUUAUUGGAGGUAUCCUCUUCAAUGAAGGGUCAGGAAGCUAGAGACUGCCUGUUGGGCCGCUUGUUUGCAUAUGGGGCCCUGGCUAGAUCCGGUAGACUGACUGAAGAAUGGAUCGCAGAUAGGAACACUCCUUAUAUUAAAGAAUUUACUAGUUGUCUUAUAUCACUUUCAGCUAAGAAGCGAUACCUUCAAGAGCCUGCUGUCUCAGUUAUUUUGGAAAUGGUUGAGAAGUUACCCAUUGAAGCCCUGUCGAAUCACGUUCUUGAAGCACCAGGAGUUCAGGAGUGGUUUGAAGGAGCAACUGAAGUCGGAAAUCCUGACGCUUUGCUUCUAGCUUUUAAAAUACAAGAAAAAAUUGGUGCCGAUGCUAAAUCAUUUUCCAAACUUCUGCCUUCUCCAUACAAUCAAAGCAGGGUUUUCUCUGCUGAUCGUUUGUCUGCCAUUUCUAAUUGCUUAAAGGAGUCCACCUUCUCUUUGCCUCGGCUUCAUAGCGUCUGGCCUGUUUUGGUAAAUAUUCUCCUCCCUGACUCUGUUGUGCAAGAUGUAAACUUUGCAUCAGGUCCGAGUACCACUAAAAAGCACAAAAGAGGUCGCAAGGGUAGUUCCCUUGAAGAUAUCGAGAAAAAUCUUAAAUGCUUUUUUGAUGUUAUUAUUGAAGGAUCACUUUUAACGUCCUCUCAUGAUCGAAAGAAGUUAGCAUUUGAUGUUAUGUUGCUUCUACUACCGAAGUUGCCAGCAUCUUGUGUGCAUGUAGUAUUGUCCCACAAAGUUGUCCAGUGUCUUAUGGAUGUACUUGCAACAAAAGACAGUUGGCUUUACAAAGUUGCAGAAAAUUUUCUUAAAGAAUUGUCUGAGUGGGUCCAGCAUGAUGAUGCCCGGAGAGUUGCAGUUAUUGUGGCUCUGCAGAAAAACUCCAAUGGAAAAUUCGAUUGCAUCACCAGGUCAAAAACAGUUAAAGAUCUCAUGUCAGAGUUGAAGUCCGGAUGCGAUCUGUUUAUUGAAAAUUUGAUGACUAUGUUUCUGGAAGAAGGUCAUAGUUCAGAGGAACCAUCAGAUCAGAGUCAAACAACAGAUGACAAUUCGGAAAUGGGUUCCAUAGAAGAUAUGGAUUCUGUUGGAAAUAUGGGAAGUCCUGAUUUUCUCAGAACCUGGGUUGUUGAAUCUCUUCCCAGUGUGCUGAAGCAUUCAAAGCUAGAUCCGGAAGCAAGGUUUCACGAGCAAAAGAAAAUUCUGAAUUUCUUGUCUGUUCAAGGACUAUUCUCUUCAGCUAUUGGGACAGAAGUGACGUCUUUUGAAUUACAGGAUAAGCUUAGGUGGCCACGGACAGCAAUUUCUAGUGCUUUAUGCGCUGUAUGUAUUGAGCACAUACAAUUAUUGCUUGCAGAUGCUCAGAAAGGGGAACAGCUACAAUUACUGUUUCCAGAUGCUCAGAAAGGGGAAAAACUUCAUGCGGUAGCAUGUGGUCUUGAGGCAAAUGAUCUUGGAUCUUACUUUAUGAGGUUUCUGAGUAUAUUAUGCAGCAUCCCUUCAGUUUCAUUAUCAAGGGCCUUGAGCACUGAUGAUGACGAAGCAUUCAAAAAACUGCAAGCUGAGUUAUCAAAACUGCAAUCAAUGCAGAGUCAGUUAUCGAGAGAGGGAAGAAAUCCUGAUCUUAGCAUGGAUGUGAGUAAAAUGCAUGCCAUGAGGUAUUUGCUAAUCCAACUGCUACUUCAAAUCCUAGUCCGACCUGGGGAAUUCUCUGAAGCUGCUUCUGAACUUAUUAUGUGCUGCAAGAAAGCUUUUGGCCCUUCUGAUCUUCUGGAAUCGUCUGGUGAAGAUGAAUUAGAGGGGGAUAGUACACCUGAGUUAAUGGACGUUCUUGUAGACACGUUGCUUUCCCUAGUUCCACAGUCAUCAGCUCCUAUGCGAUAUGCUAUCGAGCAGGUUUUCAAGUGUUUUUGUAAAGAUGUUACGGAUGAUGGGUUGCUUCGGAUGUUGCGAGUCAUCAAAAAGGAUUUAAAACCAGCUAGACACCAGGAUACAGAUAGUCAAGAUGAAGGUGAUGGUGAUGAUGAUCUUCUUGCUAUUGAAGAAGCAGAGGAAUCUGAUGUGGCUGAGACUGGUGAAACUGGUGAAACUGAUGAGCAGACAGAUGAUUCUGAGGCAGUGGCUGGAUUUGAAACCGUAAACACGGAGCUUCGGGAAGAUUCUGAUGAUGAAUCCGAUGAGGGGAUGGAUGACGAUGCAAUGUUUAGGAUGGAUACUUAUCUUGCACAAAUUUUCAGGGAACGGAAGAACCAAGCUGGAGGCGAAACUGCCCAUUCUCAGCUUGUUCUCUUCAAGCUUCGUGUUCUCUCUUUGCUGGAGAUUUACCUACAUGAAAAUCCAGGUAAACCGCAGGUGCUGAAAGUUUUCUCACACCUUGCUCAAGCAUUUAUUCAUCCACAUACUACAGAAGGUAGCGAGCAGCUCGCCCAGCGGAUUUGGGGUAUUCUGCAAAAGAAAAUCUUUAAAGCGAAGGAUUAUCCGAGAGGUGAAGCUGUGCAGCUUUCUUUACUUGAAGCACUUUUGGAAAAGAACUUGAAGUUGGCAGCAAAGCCUUUCAAGAGGAAAAAGUCUGCUUCCAAUCCAUCUAAAAGGAAGCAAUCUGCUUCGUGGAACCGAUACAAAAUGAUAAGUUCACUUGCUCGAAGCUCAACAUUUUGGAUUUUGAAGAUCAUUGAUGCAAGAAACUUUUCAUCCUCUGAAUUGCAGAGGAUGUAUGAUAUUUUUGAAGCUGCAUUAAUAGCCUAUUUUGAUAGUAAAAAGUCACAGAUGAAAUCUGAUUUUUUGAAGGAAAUAUUUAAAAGACGACCUUGGAUUGGGCAUCACUUCUUUGGUUUUCUUUUGGAGAAAUGUGGUAGUGCAAAAUCACAGUUUCGACAAGUUGAAGCUCUUGAUUUGGUGAGGGAGAUUUUGAAAUCAUUCAUCUCUUCUAGUGCUGAUGAUGAAAGCGGGCAGAAUGCUUCAAAGAUGAUGUUGAAAAGCCAUCUUCCAAAGAUAUGCCAUCUAAUCAAGCAGUUAUUGACCAACAUGCCUGAAAAGCAGUCCAGACGAGUUGAUGUGCGUAAGUUCUGUACCAAGAUAUUCCAAAUUUUAAAGGCUCAUAACUUGAGCGCGUCGUUUCUUAAAGCUUUGGAGCCGGAAGGUCAUGCUGUUUGUGAAUCUCAACUUAGAGUGACAUUUCUUGCUAUGAAGCAGCAGGAACGAUAAUAUGGAUCAACAUCAGUUGCUGGAAGCUGUAUUCAGGGAUUCAACCUAAUUACUGCCAAUCAUGGGAAGAUGUGAAUUGACAUUACUCCUCGGAGGUAAGUUUGAUGGUGCUCCGUUAACUUUGGAAACUGUUGUUAACUUGUCAUAAACCACUCAUUUGCAAGAUGUUAUAGAGUUUUCGUCCCCUGUUUAUCUGCAGUUUUCUUGUUCUAUCUUUAAUGUUUAUUUCAACCAUUGGUCCAUUCCCAGUUGUAUGACCAUUCAAUUUUGAGCCAAACUAGUUAGCGUAUUUUAUUUCUUUUUCACCUCUUUGUAUGAAAAUCUAUAAUUAAUCUUUGUUACAACCCUUUGUAUGCU